AUGUGGUCUGCUAUCUCAGCUGAGCAAAAACGCCCGCCAUGGCUGCUGCGCUUCCGUUCUUCGACUGCUUUCAUCAUCGCUACAGUCUGGAUAUCGUCAUUUGCAGAAUAUUUUCUCUACGCCAUGAUUGUCCCCGUCAUGCCAACAGCCCUAGUCGAUCGCGCCAACGUUCCAUAUGAAGAUCGAGAGUACUGGGUGAGCGUGCUCCUGGUAUGCGAAGCCGCCAUGGCAUUCAUCUGCUGUCCGAUAUUCGGCUACAUCAUCGACGCAGCUCCCACCCGUCAAUUGCCCUAUCUGCUGGGUCUGAUCCUUCUAGGCGCCUCGAUGGGCAUCCUAGCAGCCGCGCACACGAUCCAGCUCUUCAUCCUUGCCCGGAUUCUCCAGGGCGGCGCAACGGCCAUGGUAGCCGUGGCGGGCCUCGCACUGCUAGCUGACUCGGUGGCGUUCGACAAUCUCGGCCAGACCAUCGGGUACCUGGGCUCGGCUGUUGCGCUGGGUUUUCUACUUGGGCCGCUGCUAGGGGGGCUAGUGUACGAUGUGGCAGGGUACCAUGCCGUGUUCGCCAUGGCGUUUGUCAUCGUCGGGGUAGAUCUCGUGAUGAGAGUAUCCGUCAUCGAAAAGAAAGUUGCGGAGCGAUACUUGAUCACUGAAGAUGGGGAGACCCCGGCUUCACCCCAUCAAAGCCAGGUCUCUUAUCAGACAUUUGCGGAGCCAGCCCCACCAAGUCCAAGCAAUGGAAAGCUACGACGACCUGCUCUGUGGCUGAUUAUGCAACAACCGCGGGUGCUCAUUUCUUGUUGGGCCUUGCUAGUCCAGGGUCUCUUCUACUCGGCUUUUGACUCGGCCAUUCCCAUCUUCGUCGAGACGCGAUUCGGCUGGGGGCCGUUCGGGGCAGGAAUGUCUUUCCUCCCAUCGGCAUUUACGGCACUAUUUGAGCCUUACUUCGGCUCCCUCUCAGACCGCUACGGCACGCGCCUUAUAACAACCCUCUCCUUCACCCUCCUCACACUCCCGCUAAUCGCCCUCCGCCUCGUCGACUCCAACACAACCGCACACAAAAUCCUCCUCCUCUCUCUCCUCACAGCCGCCGGGCUCUGCAUGAACGCAUGCCUUCCCGCCCUCUACGUCGAAACGCAACAAGUCCUCGACGAGAUGGAAGCCGCGCGGCCAGGCAUCUUCGGCGCCAGGGGAGCCGUGGCGCAGGCGUUCGGCGUGCAGACGAUGGCGCAGUUUAUGGGGCUUUUCUUGGGUCCGAUGUGGGGGGGUUUUAUAGAUCAUCGGAAUGACGGCGAGUAG